GCCUCGACCUCGACCUCACGAAUUCACGACCAUAUCGCCAGUGCCCAAAAGAAACAGUGCACAGUUCUAGUGUCUCAAUAACACUCCGAGUGUGCCUCAUUCUUCCAACGAAUACCUUGUGCUCCACCAUUGCCGCGCCCUCCGUUGACCGUCCUAUGGCCCCAGCAGGCAUCUAAACACUUCGGCCUUCCUUCACUCGUCCUCCCACAACCGUGGUUCCGUGUGAGGCCACUCUCUCCUCCUAGCCUCCCUCAGCCCUUGUCUCGAAGCAAUGAUUGCAGCAGAGUUACCUCGAUGAACUCAACCCUAGAUGAGGGUGAGAACUUCCUCCGCGACCAGGAGCACUCUUCUGGUCUUGACCACCUUUCCGACCAGAAUGGUGUCGUCGACCAACCAUUACAGGAUGACAUUCCUGAUAUAAUACCAACAGACCAUGCUCAGGAGGAUCCUGACUAUCUAGAGUCGAAUCAUGACCUCGACGACAGCUUGCAAGAUAAAUCUGUAGACGAUUCCACCCCAAGUGAUAUCCAACCCAGUGGUGUGGAUGAUUCCAUACUUCCCUCUAUACAGCACCACGACCAGAGCAACAAUGGCUCUUUUUCGACCCCAGAUGACACUCCCUCUCUCCAAGGCUCUCUUCUCUCCUCCCCACGCAGCGAAACUGCUUCUCUAAGAAGUCCUGGCCGACGAGGUAGCCCUUCUUCAGUCCAUCGUCCUUUCGACAUCCGUUUCCAGUCUCGCCUCUCAAGCUCUCAAUUUUCCCCAUUGAGAUCCGCCUCCCCAGCUUUCUUAGGGUCUCAUUCUCGCCAUGGCUCGAUCACAAGCUUUGCGCCUCCAGCCUCCGAUUUUGACGAGACGGUCCAUCCUUGGGAUGUCAUCCACUGGAGCAAGUUUAGGAAAUUAUCAAGUCAGGUAUUCUCUGAAUUGGGAAAACGGAACUUCGGCAGUCCGUCAUGUCUCGCAGUUGCCGAUCAACUUGUGAUAGGCACUUCGAAAGGCCUCGUUCUGGUUUUUGACCACCAACAGAAUCAUAAAGCCAUAAUUGGAAGUGGCACCAAAGCUGCAGAAAGUGGUCCAGUGACAGCGAUCGCGAUAUCUGCAGACCAGACAACAGUUGCAGUAGGUCAUGCCACCGGCCAUAUAUUUACGUGGGAGUUUGCCCGUUCCACCAGGCCCUUUCUGCACAUCCAGCCGAUAGACGCAUCUCAAGCUCAAGCCAGACGGGGCGAUGGCCACAUCCAAGGCAGCGGCAUUCCUCAUAUUGGAUUUCUUGGCUAUAGACACACAGCUCUCGUCUCUGCCGAUGACAAAGGCAUGGCAUUCUCUCACCUCGCGACAAGGGGAAUGGGGUCCGUUGGUAGGGUUGUCCGCACCACGCGUAUCUUGGGAAGAUACCCAGAAUUGGUAUCUCGCGCUACCAAACCUUUGAAAAAGAGCUCGGUGCUCGCCUUCUCACCUCUACCCUUGGGGAAUAUUGAGCAAAGGACCGAUGGCUUGGGUCUGGUCGCCAUGUUAACCCCUUAUCUCUUGGUGAUCGUGUCCACCACUCCAAUUGCCCAGACUCAGCACAAAGCCGCCCGCCCCAAGGAAGUGGCUGCUCAUAGCGCCAUGACCGCCGCUCUUGCCUGGUUUCCUGCCAUCAAGCUCAAGUCAAAUGCUGAAGUCUCUAGGACAAAACUGGUCUAUGCCUGGUCGAACAUCCUCACUGUACUAGAGGUACAUGAAGCCGAACCUGAUCAGGACGCCGAUAAAAACAAACCACCAGAGCUACAAUUCUUGGCCCGGAGUCGCUUCCAAUCCGAUGAGGCCAUCGUAGCUGUACAGUGGCUGAACAAAUCCGUCUUAGCUGUGCUGACCAUUACUCAGCAGCUUUUGAUUCUAGAGGACUUUUCCAUGCAUGUUACCGAGGCAUUCGACCUUCUCAACAAAAGCGUCCAUCACACCGACCUAUACUCUCAACAGCUAACCACAAUAAUCGAGCAUCUUGACGAGGAAGACACUUCCCUGCAUGGUGUGGUUGCCGAUGCUUUCCACAUGAGCUUCAGAGCUUACAAGGGCAGGUUAUUUUUGCUGGGCUCUAACGAUAUCUGGACCGGUGCAUUGACGAAUUGGGCCGAUCGACUCCUUGCUCUAAUGAAUGUGGGAGAUUUUAUCGGUGCUAUUCGCCUGGCCACCAAAUAUCACAUGGGACAGGGUGAAAAGGCCACUAUCGGUCUCCCGGAAGAAGACAGUGUCCGCGCUGAGGUCGUAAAUGAGAAGCUUUCGGAAAUGAUCACUGCCUCCUUGAGGUAUGCGUUUGGCAAGAAUCAGCAAGCCGGCAAUGAGCAGAUCGAGAAGCCACAGUUGGUUGAACUCGCUGAUGCGUGUAUAAAAGCUUGUCUUGUCAUGGACGAUCAAGACUUCAUGUUCGAAGAAGCCUUCACAUGGUAUGACGACCACGACAUGGGGGCGGUCUUUGUCGACGUCUUGGAGCCAUACAUUCUCGACAGAACCGUAACAUCUCUUCCCCCACCUGCCUUGAAGACACUAAUUGAUCACUUUGUCGUCACGCACUCCCCGUCAGCUUUGGAGGAAAUUAUUUGCAUGCUCGACACUUCUUCGAUGGACCUCGACCAAGUCACAAAUUUAUGCAAACGCCACGGUUUGUACGACGCGUACAUCUACGUCUGGACAAGCUCACUACGGGACUAUACGACUCCUAUCACACUGUUGCUUGAUCUCGCCGAAGAGCCCAAAAAGCUUGAGCAGAACAAACUGGAUCUAGGUGAGCGUUAUGCUCUAGCGCAGAAGAUCUUCCCUUAUAUAUCUUUCAUCCUGACAUCCCGGGUCUAUCCCACCGGGGACGACAUGGGCGCCGAAAUUGCCAUUGAAGCAAAAACUCAGAUUUACGACUACUUCUUUUCGGGGGUUCGACCAGUUAACGGCUCUUUCCACGACCCCAACAGCGGUCGAAACAGUUCCGUGGCCAAAUCUUUCAGUGCUUUAGCCAGGAUACUACAUUUUGGUGCAUCCAAUUUCAUCGCUGCCAUGAAUGAAGCCUUUGAAGACAAUUUUCUAAACUCUGGCGACGAAGAUGACCAAAUUUCGACACCUCGGACAUACACCCGCCAGUUCAUCGUCCGGAUAUUACUUGACAUCAUGUCUACUGGGUAUGAUAGAGACGAAACAAUCUACUUGGACAUGUUUAUUGCACGCAAUCUUGCCAAGUACCCCCAACACAUGAUGCUUUCCGGAAGCAUCCUUCAUGAGAUCUUCACUCGACUAUGUGGCUACCCUGACGAUGACAUGCAAGAGGAUGCACAGCUUAGUGUGGAGUAUCUAUUGUCCAUCUACCAGCCUCCCAACAUUCUCGGGCUCGUCCCCCUACUAGAAGAAGCCCGCUUUUUCCGAGUUCUGAAGGCGGUGUACAGGCAGGAACAUCAAUUCCCAAACCUCAUUCAUACCUACUUUGUGGAUCGUGAGAAUCAGGAUGAGGUAUUUACGGUAAUAGCCGAUUGUCUCAGACCACGAUCCUUGCUGCUUGAGCAGCAGCGCAAGGAGGUGAGGCAGAUGGUUGAAGAACAUGCAGCAGAUCUCAUCGAUAUUGAUGUUCAUCGCACGGCCUCUACGAUUGAUGAAGUUGCCUCUGACCUUCAUCGGACGUUUCUUCUCGUUCUGGCUACAGACGAAUACAGCCAGUAUGAAUACCUCAAGACCUUGUUUGAGCCAGAGAGUCGAAACAGGCGCAAUAAGGUGUAUGCGAAUGUACUCAAAGAAACGUACGUGCGUCUCUUGUGCCAGUUCGAUCCCUCUCAUGUUCGGAACUACAUCGAGCAUGUCAAGGAAGGCGACUUGAGACUUGAAAAGGUUCUCCCCACAAUUGAGGAAAAUGGCAUCGUUGACGCAGCGGUGAUUCUUCAAGUGCGCCAAGGCCAGGUGAAGGAAGCCAUGCAUCGUCUCGCACAGCAUCUAGCGUUGUUGGGGUCGACCUUGAGAUCAUUAAACAACAAGUCGACCGACGGAGAUGACGGAGAUUCCAUUCGACAUUCCAGCGAAGGAGUGUUGGAAUCGAUCGAGAAGUACAGUCAGGUGGGAAUCUGGCUCUGUCAAGAGCAAAUGAAACAAGCACCUAGGCCGGCGGGUGUGGCGAAGUCUCCUAGGCGAUCUGUUAGCGCAACUCGAGCCCUCGCUUUUGAGGAACAGCUGUGGUUGGACAUGAUUGUUGCAGUUGUGGCGAUCGCUCGAGAAUUCUCCACUAGCUCCAACUCUGGCGCAGUCGAUGAAGACGACAACAUCACUGCCAGCCUUCGAAGGACGAUCCAACAAGUAUUCACAGCAUUGUUGGCCAGUACGACAUCUGUGCGCGAUGCCUCUGGCGCACGUGACGUGAUGUUCCUACGCAUUCUACGGGCGUUCUUGACACACGCAGCAGAGUCGAGUCCAUCACUCGCUGAACUACGGAGUGUGAUCAAGUCCAUCUUCGCGGCGUAUGCACACGAGGGUGCACUUCUCUCACUGUCAAACUCGAUGCUAGACAAAGAUGUUUUCGUUCGCCUCGACGAGGUGACAGCUCUCAGGCAACGAGGAUGGAGACCACGAGGGCAGAUCUGUGAGGUGUGUCGACGUCGUGUGUGGGGCCCGAGCAUGAGCAAUCGGGUGUGGGAGGAUUGGCAGAAGCAGGAAGAAGCGAGAUCGCGGCGACGGAAAGGCCCUCAAUCGAUGGAGACGGACGCGGAUGAAGAUGGAGGCCGCGGUAAAGGCAAAGCGACAGUCGACGUCAGUGGUCAUGAACCAUCGGAGGAGAGUGGGCCUCCAGAGACUUCGCUGGGACCCAUUGUGGUCUUUUCGUGUCGACACAUGUACCAUCAACGAUGCUUGGUGCCAGGCCAGGCGGAAGAUGGUACGCCUCAAUUGAUGUGUCCAGCUUGUGUAUAGCUCCGAUAGAAGAAAUGUAUCUAAUCUCUGUUGCUGGAGGAGCAAUCCCACUGUCC